AUGGUAAAGCCCAAAUACUUUAAUCAUCGUGUAGGAAAAAGAUUGAGUCGGCCACAUACCAAAGAAUAUUCUCUCUCCUCUCUCUCUCCCGUGACGGUUCUUUUCUUCUCUCUCUCAUCUCUCCCUCCGACAAAAUUUCGCAGAUUCCGUCAUGUCUUCCGGCGGAAACUCAACUGCCUCCACCGCCCCCGCGGUCGAAAAGAUGUUCUUUUGCUACCAGUGCAACCGCACAGUCAACAUCUCAAUCUCAGUCUCCUCCGCCGCUGAUCCUUUCUGCCCUCUUUGCUCCGGCGGCUUUCUUGAAGAAUACGACGAACCCGUCCCUACUCUACCCCCGAAUCUCAAUCCCGAAUCCGGUUUCUUCCCCAUGGCGGAUCCUUUCUCCACCUUGCUCCCUCUCCUCUUCGGCUCCUCCUCCGCUCCUCCUUCCUCCACAAACCCGAGCUUCUUCGGACCCCGCUCUACCCAGAACCAGCCUCAAGGCGGCGCCUUUGAUCCGGUUUCCUUCCUCCAGAACCAUCUCCAGCAUCUCCAAUCCAGCGGCACGCACGUGCAGUUCUUGAUCGAGGAUCAUCCUCUGGAUCCGUCUAACCGAGCCCCGGGGCAUGUCGGGGACUACUUCUUCGGCCCUGGUCUCGAGCAGCUGAUUCAGCAGCUAGCGGAGAAUGAUCCCAACCGCUACGGAACUCCUCCUGCUUCGAAAUCGGCUAUCGAAGGGCUGCCGACUGUUAAGGUGAGUAAGGACAUGUUGAAGUCUGAGAUGAACCAGUGUGCUGUUUGUAUGGAUGAGUUUGAGGAUGGCGGCGAUGUGAAGCAGAUGCCUUGCAAGCAUGUGUUUCAUCAGGAUUGUUUGAUGCCGUGGCUGGAGUUGCAUAACUCUUGUCCCGUUUGUCGGUAUGAGUUGCCUACGGAUGAUCCUGAUUAUGAGAGCAGGGGUCAGGGGCAAGGAGGUCAGACGAGUGGGGAUGGUGGGCAGACUCCGAGGAGCUUUAGUGUACAGCUUCCUUGGACGUUUGGUGGGAGACGGGAUGGUUCAGGGUCAGGAGCACCUGGAAGUGGUGGUGGUGGAGGUGGAGGUGGAGGUGGGUCCAAUCUUGGGACCAGGCAGGAAGAUUUGGACUGAGUAUGGCCAGAGUCAUUGCUUGGAAAUUUGAUUGGGAAAAGGAUGCGCAGAAGUUUUCACCAAACAAAAAAAAAAGCAGUUUCAUUAGGAAAAAAGUGACAUUGAUGUUUUGCAAUAUUUUGUACAUUUACAAAAA